AGAGUGAAAAGCGCGCGCAGGCGCAACAAUAACAACAACGCUAAAGCAACAACAACGACGACGACGAAGCGAAGACGAAAUUUAUUAUUUGUGUUUACUUGUUUGCAUUUGUUUGUUUCUUGUGUUAUGCCAUUAACGAGGCGGAGAUAAAUUUUAAACAAAAGGCAAUAAAAAAAAUCAGCCAAAAAGUUUGCCAAAAUAAAAACUAUAAAAAAGCGAGUAAACAAACCCACAAAGCCGCAGUCCAAAUUGUUGUAAUUUUUAAACGGAUGUUGUUAAACAACUGCCGCUUGAAGUGAAGCACAAAAGUACACAAAUUUUAAACGACAUUUUCAUUGGAUUGACAACAAAUUCAACAAUAAGACAAUAUUUUUAUGCCGAUUUCAACUUGACAAGUUUGAGCUCAACUUGAAACCCACACAAUUCUAGCAUGAAGGGUUGGUUCGACGCAUUUCGAGACGAUGGCGGACCGACGCUAUAUUCAUUCUCAAAUCGUACACCCGUCACUGGCGAUGUCUCCAUUGUAGCCGUAUCGGUAUUAUUUGCCACAUUCUACGUGGCAUUUCUGGUCAUAUUUCCAGGUGUUAGAAAACAGAAAUUCACGACAUUCUCGACGGUCACAUUGAGCCUAUUCGUGGGUCUAGUCAUACUAAUCACCCGCUUGGGCUCGGCGUGGCAUGUGGCACAUGCAACCAUCAUUUCCCCAUACAAGGCCUUCUCACGCGAGAAGCUGCCGGCCCGCAUCGGCACGCACAUCGGUCUGAUGCACGUCAAUGUGACGUUGACUGCCAUUUCGAUUGGUAAUUGGACGCCACCGGACAUUGAUUACAACGAGCGCUUCACAUGGGAGGGGGCCAGCGAUAUGAGCGCCAAUUAUCGCCAUGCGCUACAACGGGGUCUCCCCUUUCCCAUUCUAACAGUUGCCGAAUAUUUCAGCUUGGGCCGCGAGGGAUUCUCGUGGGGCGGACAAUAUCGCGCCGCCGGCUAUUUCGCCAGCAUCAUGCUGUGGGCCUCGUUGGCCUCCUGGCUGCUGAUGAAUCUGCUGCUAAUCGCCGUGCCACGUUAUGGCGCCUAUAUGAAGGCCCUAACUGGCGCCCUGCUGGUCAUCACGAAUAUUGGCUAUCAUUGUUUGUUGCCACAGCGGCCAUUGUCCAUUCAUUUGGAGGGCGGUAGGCUGGAGUUUCAUUUUGGUUGGUGCUAUUGGCUGUUGCUGGUGGCAGGCAUUCUCUGCUUUAUUGCGGGCGUGCUGAUUUCGAUCAUUGAUCUGGUCUGGCCACAUACCUUCUCCACGGUGCUGGAGGUGUAUUAUGGCACUCCCUACGAUCGGCACGUCAUCCUGGAGGAGUCCAGUGAUGUGCGCUAUCGCAAGCCACGCAAUAGUCGCGGCCUCGAGGAGCCGGGCCUGGGUUCCCGCAUCCUGCGUCGCCUCAGCUCGAAGGCGCGCGAUAUGCAGCAGACAUCGAUGGCGAUGGCGACGACGACGGCGGGGGUGGCGCCGCGACGCGGCAGCCCUGCGGGUGUGUCCAGCAGCGGUGUGGAGAACAAGGCCUUUCAGGCGGAUGUGCCGAAGAGUCCGUGGCGCUAUCCCUUCCGGCGGGCACAGCAGCUGCCACAUUUACAGCCGCACCAGCAUCAGCAUCAGCACCAGCACCAGCAACAACAACAACAGCAGCUGCAGUUUGUGGGCGGGCCAGUGUUGCCAUCACAUCAUAUGCAUCACAUGCAGCGUACGUUGUCGCAGGACUCGGGCUCGAGCAUAGCCUCGGCGGCCGUGCAAAUAUCACCGUUACACAAACACGCGCUGGCGCGUAUGCUACCCAAUCCUCCCGUUGAGCGCAUACGCGACAUGGAUCACUGGUGAUAGCCAUUGGACAAACCAUAAUAUUUUAUAUAGCGCUUAACAAAUUCUUGACAAUAACAACUACAACUACAACAUAAACAAAAAGAAAUUUAACCUUUUAUGACAAAACGCUGCAAACAAUUUGUGAUAAUUUUUUUUAAUUUAAAAGCAAGCAACCAACAAAACAAAAAAAGAACAAAGACAAAUAAAUAAUAAUUAUAUAAAAAUUUGAUGAUUGAUCGACAAAAUUGCAAGCUUUUUGCUAAAUUUAUGAAUAAUAUUAAUUAAAUUAUUUUAAAUAUAUAAGUGAAUGCAACUUUGUUUGUAACUUUGGGCCAGGCAGCCAAAAAGAGUCAAGGAAUUAAUACGAUUGAAAAAGGAUUAGCGAUGGAAAACAUUUUAUUCAGUGAUGAUCAUUUGUGAUAAGAGGCCUGCCCCCAAAAAGCACAUAGAAACGAAGAAAACAAAAACAACACACAGGACGCGUUUUAGUCUUAAAUAAAUUAGACAAGCCACUAUUUGUCAAUCUAUAAUAAAUUGUUGAUACAUUUAUUAGUCUAUAUAUGAGUGUAUUCUACUAAGUAUGUACUUAUUAUAAUGAAUUCCAUGCCAGUGUAUUUAAAAUGUAAGUCAACGAAAACGAUAAAUUGUAAAAUGCGUGUGAACUACUGUAAGCAUAGAGUAAACGAUACGAUAUUUUAAUAUAACGAUAGCAAGAAAUGCGACUAAGAAACA